AUGGAUUCACUUUCAGACACUCGUCCGCCAUCACCGGUGAGGGACUUUCCGCCUUCAGGGUUCGAAGUCGUCGAUGAGUACGAAAAGCUUGACGAGGAGAAGUACGCCUGGUACUCAGUCGAGAUGUGGUAUCCUGUGCAGAUUGGGGAGGUCUUCCAAAACCAAUACCAAGCCAUCACUAAGAUCGGCUAUGGGACAGCAUCAACUAGUUGGCUUUGUCGCGAUCUUAUAAAUCAUCGAUACGUCGCGCUCAAGGUCUACUGCACUGAUUCACAGCAGGCCAAUCGGGAGACUGCAGCGCUUGAGCACAUCGAAUCAGUCCUGGCUAGCCCGGAUGGGGCAGAGCAUACGGGCCAGGAAUUCAUCCGCAGGUUGCUUGACAGAUUUACAGUGUCAAAUCCCAGGGCUGUGCAGCCCAAGCCCAAUAUUUGUCUCGUUUACAAACCAAUGGGCAUGUCACUGUCUGAGAUGGCAACCUAUUCCUACGACGACGGAAUGCCCGUGGAUGUGGUUAAGGGCAUCACGAUGUACCUUCUUGCAGCCCUUGAUUUCCUUCAUUCGAAGGCCAACCUCGUUCAUACUGAUCUUCAAGACGGAAAUGUCAUGUUUUCAAUCGAGUCUGAGACUAGCCUCCAAGACGUCGUGGAAGAGGAGCUCAAUCACCCGUCUCCCCGGAGUUUUCACAAGGACGGCCACAUCAUCUUCAGGUCUCGCGAGAUCCUCACUAGCGACAUCGAGUACCCGACAAUUUGCGAUUUCGGCGAGGCGAGGUUUGGUAAGGAUGAGUACGAGGAGCAUGCGAUGCCGGACAGGUACCGCGCACCUGAGAUCCUGCUUCACUUGCCGUGGACCAACAAAAUCGACAUUUGGGCAUUGGGCUUGAUGAUCUGGAGCAUGGUAGAGGGCACAAAUUUGUUUAGGGGGUCCCACGGCGGUAGGUGGGAGCCAGCUUCACCACAUAUGGCGCGAAUGGUGAGUCUGCUUGGUCAGCCGCCACAACAUAUGCUGGAUCAGACCGCUGCAAUAGAUAAAUUCUUCGACGCAAAUGGUGCGUAA